AUGAAUGUAAAUAAUCAGACCUCAGUAAAUGAAUUCAUCCUGCUUGGGCUCACCAACCUGAAGGAGGUUGAAGUUACCCUUUUUGGGAUAUUUGCAAUAUUUUACAUUAUGACUGUUUUGGGGAACUUGUCAAUCAUGGUGGUAACACGAAUGGAUAAAAGUCUCCACACACCCAUGUAUUUCUUUCUGUGGAAUUUGUCUUUUAUUGACUUAUGUUUUUCCUCUGUUGCGGUUCCCAAGAUGCUUGCUGAUUUUUUAUCUCUCAAGAAGGUCAUUACUUUUGCUGGCUGUAUUUGUCAGAUACAUUUCUUCCAUUUUCUUGGAAGCUCAGAAGUCAUGCUUCUUACUAUAAUGUCCCUUGACCGAUAUGUGGCAAUUGGUCAUCCACUACGGUACCUUAAAAUCAUGAACGCUAAUGUUUGUAUGAGUAUGGCUAUAACAUGCUGGGUGACAGGCUUUUUCCAUGCAUUGAUACACACUGUUCUGACAGCAAAGCUUCCGUUUUGUGGACCAAAUACAGUUAACCAUUUCUUCUGUGAUGUUAAACCAGUGUUAAAGUUGGCUUGUACAGACACAUCUCUUAAUCUGAAGCUUCUCAUCAGGGUUACCGGAUUUCUUUCUUACCUAUGCAUCAGUAAAUUUCUUUUGAGGAUAAAGACAUUACAGGGAAGAAAGAAUGCAUUGUCUACUUGCAGUGCCCACCUCACUAUUGUGUUCCUUCUUUAUGGCACAGCGGUUUUUACUUACUUACGUACUUCAGCAGAACAUGAAUUAGAUCAAGACAGAGUAAUAGCAAUUCUGUUUACUGUAGUGACACCAGCCCUGAACCCAGUUAUUUAUACCUUACGCAAUAAAGAUAUGAGGAAAGCUCUGAUGAAGAUGAUCAAUAGAUGGACAUUGCAUGGCCUAAGCUAA